AUGUCCUCCACCACAUCCUCUUCUUCAUCCACGGCCGAAAUCCCGCCUGCAGUGCUGGUCGCCGAGUGGCACUGGGCCGCCAAAUAUCCUAAACCAUCCGCUGCCCAGGCAGCCCUGCUCGCCAUGCCGGCUGUCUGCGAGCCUCAGAUUCGGCAAAAGCACAUUAGGGACGGCAAAACCUUCAGUUACGUCCGUAACAGCAAUUCUGAGGCCCUUCUGGGUAAGGGCAAGCAGUGUGACUUUCACAUCAAAAAUCCUGCAACUACUACCCCCAAGCACGCCCGCAAGCGUGCUGCCGCCCUUGCUGCGCUUGUUGCUGGAGAGGAAGAAGAGGAAGAUGAGGAGGCGGAGGAGGAGGAGGAUAAAGAGGAGGAAGAGAAUGCCCGCCGCCGCAAAGGCAAAGCCCCGGCCACCUCUGCCCGCAAGGGGGUUCAUUUUGCCAGUCAUGACACCCGUGAACAUGCAGAUAGGGUCCCGCGCCGCGCCCAGUGCUUACACACCAUGCUGGCCGUGGCGGCCCGACAGGCAUCUGCCGCCGCUGCUGCCUAG